AUGUCUCUCAGCGGACCACCUGGAUUUACCCACCACACCACCGUGACGUCCGACAGUCUACAUCAUUACAUGAGCAGACAGCAUCAGCCGAAGGCGUUACCCGGGGUGCACGAUCCCAGAUCCCCCGCCCUUAACUCCAGAGCUGUCGCCAUCGAUUCCAGGGGCGUUGCCGUCGACCCCAGAAGUGCCGUCGGAUUAAACCACGACCUCCGACGUGGUGGUCACGACGAACAUCAAAGUCGGGAAAUGAAAGCGUUAGAUGUCGGCAGGGUUCCUCCCCACGAUCCCAGGUCCUUGGAUUCACUUCCCCCAAAAGAGGCCCCGAGAUUAAUGCCCGAG